AAUAUAACUUGGUGUUUUUCUAUUUCUAAACUAAAGUACUUGUAUGAAGUUCCGCCAAAUAGUGAACAACACAAACAUCGAUUGAAUACAAUUAAACACUAAUGUAAAUAAUUGAUCUAUUAUAUACGAAAUAGCGAAAAAUAUGAAUAGAAAGAGAAAUAUUGCUUAUAUUAAACCAGAAGAUCCACCUUUUUUAAAAGUUCUUAAAAAAGAAGCUGGUUACGAUAAUGUUAAUCAUAAAUUUGAUAAACUUGAAAAUUCUGAAGAAGAUUUUGUGGAUGAUGAGGAGAGUGACUUACCACAAGUCGUUGUACUUAAGAAAGGAGAUUUAACUGCCGAAGAAGCAGAGGCUGAGAAAGACAAAAUCAAGCAAAUAGAAGCACAAACGAAAGCAGACCUAAACCAAAAGGUAAUUUUUAAAGGGAAAUCGAGUAAGAAAUUAAAAGAUGAUAAAGUGUUAUCAAAAAAGUCAUCAAGAUCAAAAAACAAUCAACAGCAACUAUUGUCUUUUGGAGACAAUGAUUCUGAUAAUGAUUAAUUGUAUAUAGUUUAGCUUUAUUUUACAAGUAAUAUAAGGAUAUAUUAUCAUAUUUUAAAGUUAACUUCAGCACCAACUUCACAUUUGUUGUAUCUUUGUAAUAAUAAAAUAUGUAUGAAAAUAAUGAAUUUUACUAAUAUUUCUGUUACCAAUAUAUUAAACAGGUUACAUAAUGCAAAUUUGAAUA